AGAGAUCGAAAAUGGCGAUUAGUUCAAAUCUCUCGUAUCGUUUAUUCCUCUUAACAGGGCUAUUAUCCGUCGUGGCCAUAUCUUUCGCGGAUUCAGAAUCCGAUUCACAUCUCAUCGGCGAGCUAGUUUCGCUUCGAUCAGCCGCCGAUUCAGGCGUCAUCCCCCUCGAUGACGACGGCGUAUCCAGAUUCAUAACCUCAGUAGCCACUCCCAGGCCUUACUCCCUCAUAAUCUUCUUCGACGCCGUUGAUCUCCACAGCAAUCGCGAGCUCGGCCUUCAAAAGCUCCGCCGCGAAUUCGGAAUCGUCUCUGCGUCUUUCAUCGCCAACAACAAUGGAUCUAACGGAGCCAAGCUUUUCUUCUGCGACAUCAACACGACGCACUCCGAGCCUUCGUUCCACCGCUUCGCCGUCAAAUCCAUACCGCACAUUUUCCUCGUCGACCCCUGGAUGGAGAAUCUACAGGACAAAUCCGGUAAGAUGGAACACGGGGAUUUCGAGGGACUAGCGGAAUCCAUGGCAGGGUUCGUCGAGCGUCGAACCAAGCUCACCGUAGGCCCAAUCCAUCGACCGCCGCUCCUGUCGAAGGCACAGAUCAGUGUCAUCACAGCUCUGGUCGUAAUCUCGACUCCGAUUCUCAUCAAGAAGGUUCUAAAGGGAGAGACGCUUCUCCAUGAUCGCAGAGUCUGGUUAUCCGGCGCCGUUUUCGUCUACUUCUUCAGCGUCGCCGGCACGAUGCAUAACAUCAUCAACGAUGCGCCGAUGUACCUCCGAGACCAUGAAGGUUCAAACAGUCUCGUUUUCUUCUACGAAGGAUCACAUUUUCAGCUUUGGGGAGAGGGAUUCGCUGUUGGGUUCUUGUACACUGUGGUUGGAUUGCUCUUGGCUUUUGUCCCCAAUGCGCUUACUGAUUAUGAUUUUGGCUCUGUUCAUAUCGUUCUGGGCUGUGAAGAAAUUGGAAGACAGGAUAUAAAAUAUUUCCUUAUUGGCCAUCGAGCUGGCAUUGAUGGAUCCUUGGCGUUUAAGACGAAUAAAGGAAUUGAAGAAGAAGUUGCAAGGGCCUUUGUGAAUCACUACUACCAUCUCUUUGACAACGAUCGAUCUUCACUAUCCACUCUCUACAAUCCCACCUCGUUGCUUACUUUCGAAGGCCAAAAGAUCUACGGCGUGGAAGAUAUCUCUAACAAGCUUAAACAACUUCCGUUCGAUCAGUGUCGGCAUUUAAUAAGCACCGUGGAUUCUCAGCCUUCUUCAAUGGCCGGUGGUUGUGGCGGAAUCCUCGUGUUUGUGAGCGGCAGCCUCCAAUUACACGGCGAGGAUCAUCCUCUUAGGUUUAGCCAGACGUUUCACUUGAUUCCUCUUCCACAAGGAAGUUUCUUCGUCCAAAAUGAGAUGUUUCGGCUUAACUAUGGUUGAGCUUAUUGUAACUUUAAUGUCUGAAAUCGAUCUAUGAUCAUAGAUCGAAUUCAGACAAAUAAUGUAAUGAAGAUAAAUCUUUCAUCUCGACUAAUAAAACAACUCGAUAUGUGUUGUUGGUGUUAUUUUCAUACCUGUAAGAAAGUUUCAAAUUGAUUAAAAAAGCUUCGGGUAA